AUGCAUGUUUGGUCCUUUGAAAUAGGUCUUUUGGAGCAUUCUGGAGCAUAUGGGACAAGGAGCAUGGAGGGACUUGGCACAUGGAGCAGCUCAACUGGAUACGCAAAGGAAGAAGGGAGAAGCCAUCUUGAAGACCAGCUCGACCGUCCACUCGACCAACCGGUCGAGUUCCUCAACUCGACCGGCCAAGCUUCAACUCGAUCGAGCUGGAAGUCAAAGUCAAACCCGAAAAAUGUUGCUUCCCCCUUGACUUCCCUUUGA